GAUUGGGUUCUGCAGAGAAUUUGCAAUAUGUUACAGCGGUACGUUUUGGUGUAUGCUCGACGGACCGUACCACUAGAUAAGAUAUAGGGGUGGAGCCAACCAGCAACAACAACCCCCAGCCAAUUCAGCACCUGGAUAGCUCCUGUCGAUUUAUUAGGCGGCUUCGUCUCCAUUCCAGUUGGGCUACGUUAUCUGACAAUGCCGUUGGAGCAAAGAGUACGAGGGAAUACCGGUUUUAUUGAUUUUUUUGAGAAGGACGGCAAACACGUCCACGUGUGCGGCUUUUACAGGUUGAAACGGUAAAGAGGGAGAGGGAGAAUUGCGCAGAGAAACAGACGGAGGGUGGACCAGCGCUAUUGUUUUCAUCGAGGCGCUAGCGCCACUUCCAAUAUUAGCCGAUGAAAGGAAACGUGCGUCUGUCUGAAACAUUUAUUUAUGCCGGCUAGCAAUUUUCUACUAGGAACAUUGCAUUUGAAUCACGGGUGGACUCUGUUAUUGUCGACUUCACGUCUGGAUUACAAUCGAAGAUGCCUCUCGGAUCGCGGCUAACGUUCGUGUUCCUGUUCCUGUGCAGCAUCAGCAACAUUGACUUGGCGUCCACAGCAUCCCGUAAGUGUGAGGACUCCCUGGCCACACCGCUUCCCUACAGCUCCUUCACCGGCUCCUCCGUCUACGCCACCGGCUACGGAGCCGGCUACGCCAAACUCAACCGGAGGGGAGGCUCCGGGGGCUGGUCCCCAGUGGACGCCGACCGCUACCAGUGGCUCCAGGUGGACCUGGGCUCCAGGAAGAAGGUGGUCGCCGUGGCAACGCAGGGCCGCUACAGCAGCGCCGAUUGGACGAGGCGCUACCGGCUGCUGUACAGCGACACGGGCAAGAACUGGCGGCCCUUCCUCCAGGACGGGAACAUCUGGACGUUUGAGGGCAACUCCGACAGCGAGGGCGUGACGCGGCACCAGCUCCAACGCUCCAUCGUGGCGCGCUACGUCCGCUUCGUCCCGCUGCAGUGGAGCAAGGACGGCCGCAUGGGGCUGAGGGUGGAGGUGUACGGCUGCUCCUACUGGUCGGAUGUCGUCAGUUUCGACGGCCAAGGUGUCAUCUCCUACCGCUUCAGUAGUAAGACGAAGAAGAUCAAGUUCCUCACGGACGUCAUCUCCCUGAAGUUCCGGACCAGUGCGGGCCACGGGGUGCUGCUCCACGGGGAGGGGCAGCAGGGCGACUACGUCUCCCUGGAGCUCCAGCGCGCACGCCUCGUGCUCAGCAUCAACCUGGGCAGCAACCAAUACGGCUCCAUCCAGGGCCACACGGCGGUGACCAGCGGCAGCCUGCUGGACGACGACCACUGGCACUCGGUUCUCAUCCAGCGCUAUCGCAGGAACGUGAACUUCACGCUGGACCAACACACGCAGCCGUUCAGGACCAACGGGGAGUUCGACCACCUGGACCUCGACUACGAGAUCUCCUUCGGGGGCUUGCCCGCCUCCAACAAGCCCAGCUCAGGCGGCCGGGACAACUUUGUGGGCUGCAUGGAGGGCAUCGUCUACAACGGAGACAACAUCACCAGCCUCAUCCGCAGGAAGAAGGUGGACACCUCCAGCUUCAGGAACCUGACCUUCUCCUGCUCGGAGUCGCGCUCCUUCCCGGUGUUCUUCAACUCGUCGUCCUUCCUGCAGCUGCCGGGCCAGGGCGACAGCGACACGCUGUCCGUCAGCCUGUCCUUCCGCACCUGGAACCCCAGCGGCCUGCUGGUGUACACGGCGCUGGCCGACGGCGUGGUGGAGGUCGGCCUCGCCGACGGCAAGGUCACCGUCUACAUCAACGUGACGCAGAGGAAGAACACCCGCAUCGACAUCUCCUCGGGGUCCAACCUGAACGACGGCCAGUGGCACACGGUCCACCUCAACGCCCUGGAGAACUACGCCAUGCUGACCAUCGACGGCGACGAGGCGUCCACCGUGAGGACCGCCAUCCCCAUCCAGAUCACCACCGGGGGCACCUACUACUUCGGAGGCUACUUCCUGCGCACCAACACGCCCCCGCUGCAGCGCUCCUUCCAGGGCUGCAUGCAGAUGAUCCACGUGGACGACCAGCUGGCCGACCUGCGGGCCGUGGAGCAGGGCCUCAUCGGCAUGUUCCAGAACGUCAGCCUGGACAUGUGCGCCAUCAUAGACCGGUGUGUGCCUAACCAGUGUGAGCACGGCGGUCGCUGCUCCCAGACCUGGGACUCGUUCAGCUGCAUCUGCAACGGGACCGGAUACAGAGGGGCCACCUGCCACACCUCGGUGUACCAGCAGUCCUGUGAGGAGGUCAUACACCUGGGCAGGGCCCCCGGGGGCCACUGGGUGGACCCCGACGGCAGCGGGCCCCUGCAGGCCCUCCGCGUCAGCUGUGACCUGACAGAGGGCACGGUGUGGACGUCAGUGAAGAACAACCUCUCACCUCAGACAGCCGUCACCGCCCUGGACCAGGAGGGGAAGGCCGUCCUCCGGCUGGACUACAACAUGAGCACAGAACAGGUGUACGCAGUCACGAGCGGGGCCGACUACUGUGAGCAGCAUAUCGCCUACACCUGCCGCAUGUCCCGCCUCCUCAACUCACCAGACGGCGAGCCGUACACCUGGUGGGUCGGGCGGGCCAACGAGAAGCACCUCUACUGGGGCGGCUCGGGCCCGGGGAUCCAGAAGUGCGCGUGCGGGAUCGAGAGGAACUGCACCAGCGCCAAGCACCAGUGCAACUGUGACGCGGACCAGCGGCAGUGGAGGGAGGACGCCGGGCUGCUGGUGUACAAGGACCACCUGCCCGUCAGCCAGCUGGUGGUGGGGGACACGGGCCGGGCCGGGUCGGAGGCCAAGCUCACCGUGGGGCCGCUGAGGUGCCGUGGAGACCGUGACUUCUGGAACGCGGCGUCGUUCAUAAGCCCCGCCUCCUACCUGCACUUCCCGUCCUUGAAGGGCGAGACCAGCGCCGACAUCUCCUUCUACUUCAAGACCUCCUCCACCUACGGGGUGUUCCUGGAGAACCUGGGGACCACCGACUUCAUACGCAUCGAGCUCAAAGCCACGUCGGUGAUCAGCUUCUCCUUCGACGUGGGGAACGGCGGCGUGGAGCUCACCGUGCGCUCGCCGUCGCGCCUCGACGACGGCCGCUGGCACCGCGUGGAGGCGGAGCGCAACCUGAAGGAGGCGGUGCUGAGUCUGGACGGCCGUUACCGUGACGCCCGGCCCGCCCCCGCCCAGGGACACAUCCGGCUGGAGCUGUUCAGCCAGCUGUACAUCGGAGCCUCGGGGGGCCAACGGGGGUUCCUGGGCUGCAUGCGCGCCCUGCGGCUCAACGGCGUGACCCUUGACCUGGAGGAGAGGGCCCGGGUGACCCCAGGGGUCAAGCCCGGCUGCCAGGGACACUGCAACCACUUCGGCGUGCACUGCCGCAACGGGGGCCUGUGCGUGGAGCAGUACGACGGGUACUCCUGCGACUGCUCCCACACGGCCUACGAUGGCCGCUUCUGCACCAACGACGUCGGCGGCUACUUUGAGUCUGGGACGCUGGUGCGCUACGACUUCCCGUCGGCGGCGGGGCCCCCGGCCUCCGGGGCCGCCCCCCGGGGCCCCCAGGGUGCCGCCCUGCUGGGCGAGACCAACCUGACGCGGGAGGAGCUGGUGUUCAGCUUCAGCACCUCCAACGCCCCCGCCAUCCUGGUCUACGUCAGCUCCAAGACCCAGGACUACCUGGCCGUGGUGCUGCGCAACAACGGCACCCUCCAGGUCCGCUACAGCCUGGGGGGUCUCACGGAGCCCUACACCAUCGACCUGGACCACCGCAACAUGGCCAACGGCCAGCCGCACCACGUCAACGUCUCCAGGGAGCAGCGCAGCAUCCACCUGCAGCUGGACCACUACCCCGUGUCCACCUACACCCUGCCCGACGCCUCGGACACACACUUCAACCUGGUCAAGACCAUCUUCCUGGGGAAGGUGUUCGAGACGGGUGAGAUCGACCCGGUGCUGAUCGACCGCUACAACACGCCGGGCUUCGUGGGCUGCCUGUCCCGGGUCACGCUGAACGGCGUGGCGCCCCUGAAGGCCGCGCUGCGCCCCGGCCCGGCGGCCGCGCCCGUCACCGCCCACGGCAUCCUGGUCCCGUCCAACUGCGGCGCCCAGCCCCUCACCAUCUCCCCCCUCGGCGCCGCCCACGACCCCUGGCAGAUGGACACCGCCGGCGCCGUGUUCCCGUACAACAACGAGAUGAUCAGCCGCGAGAGACUCGACCACAACUCUGCCGUCAUUGGAGGGAUCGUUGCCGUGGUGAUCUGCCUGGCCCUGGGCGUGCUCGUGUUCCUGGUGCGUCACAUGUUCCGCCACAAGGGCUCCUACCACACCAACGAGGCCAAGGGGGCGGAGUCGGCCGACUGCGCCGACGCCGCCAUCAUCGUGAACGACCCGGCGUUCACCGAGACCAUCGAGGAGAGCAAGAAGGAGUGGUUCAUCUAGCGCUCCGGGGCGGGGGAGCGAGGACGCCCGGUGACUGACCCGCGGGGAAGCGCAGAGCGAUUUAUCAAAAAAAAGAAAAAAACGUCAACAAAAAAAAUACUGCAACGGUCAAAAACUGCAAAGAAACUGUGGCUUUUCAUUUUCUGUUACUCGACGCAGCGGGGGGGCAUGAAGUGAGGCGUGCGCCUGCUCCGUGUUCCCACAUCCUCCCCGUCUUUAACAUACUUCAGCGCCUGAUGGAGGAGAGACGGUCCUCCCGCUACAAGUUCCCCGGAGGUUUGAGGAGGUGGAUUAUAGCAAGUUUUGGGUAAAUGAGUUUUAUCAUUUGUUUUACACUAUCUUCUUUAGUGUUCCUAAGGUUGCCACUAUUAUUUUGUUUUAUUAUUUAUAUUUAAUUUGGAGUUAUUAUAUCUUUACAUGUAUUUAUUAAUGCUAAGCCAAUGAUUUUUCAUAAAUCUGCUUUACAGUAUUUUUAUUACUUUUACGCCUUUUUUUGACAACCUUAAUGUGUGUGUGUGUGUGUGUGUGUGUGUGUGUGUGUGUGUGUGUGUGUGUGUGUGUGUGUGUGUGUGUGUGUGUGUGUGUGUGUGUGUGUGUGUGUGUGUGUGUGUGUGUGUGUGGAUAUUUACCCUGCCCGUCCUCAAUGAACUACACAAAAACAGCAGCAAGAAAAGCAUAUAUGUCUUGACAGUAUUCUUUGGACUAAGAACGGAACUAGUUAGUACUUCAUUCUGGGAUAUUUUUUUCCAUUUCCAUAACGCCUGGCAAAGUGUCUUAACGAAUAAUGAGCUUUGAUUGUAUGUGGAUACGUUGAAUGUUUGCAUCUUUUUUAAACACACACUACGUAUUCUAAAAUGUUAAUGCCUUUCUUUUUCUUCAGUAUUUUUUGUUGCCAAAUUGAAGUGUUUUUUUUAAAUAACACUGAUCAUAAACGUUCCCAAGUCCAUCAAAAUGAUACGAGCCUUUGUCGGUGAGGGAAGUAAAUCAGUAAGUGUUAGUAGCAACAUCUGUUCAAAUGCAAUGUGUCGUGGUCAAAAACGUGUGCAUCCACGAACCUUAUGACAUCACAGAUAAAUUGCUUACAACUCAUCAUAAUUACUAAGAGAUGAAGUU